AUGGGGUUUGAACUUCCUGGUGAUCGUUCCCGAAUAUUUGAAGGUAGCAGCCAAUCCCAACCGCGUCCAGAAUUGGAACCUUCGUCCUCACCACGUCCAACUUUACCACCAAUACAACAACUAACCAGUGGAUAUCCGAUAGCACCCAUAUAUGCAGUGUUAGAUGGUACACCUAGUAAUGAAACUAGUCAACCAUCAGGAAAUGUUCAUUCUUGCGAAUCUACUCCUGUUCCAACUGGACACACUCCAGAAGCUUCCAUUUCAGAUGCAACAAAGCCCAGUCUACCCAAAAAGUACUUUUGCAAAAUUUGUAAACAAGGAUUUACGAGGAAACAUAAUAUGGUAAGUCAUGAGUUGAUCCAUUCUUCUUUGAAGCCGCAUAUCUGUGCUGUUUGCAAUUUAAAAUUUAGACGAAUCCACGAUUUGAAAAGGCAUGAGAAACUUCACAUGGGUGAGAAGCCAUAUGCUUGUGAUAGAUGCUCACGACGGUUUGCAAGAGCCGACGCAUUAACUAGACAUCAAAAUUCGGUCAAUGCGUGUUCUGGUUCAUUAUCUAAGGGUAAGAGGCAUUUAGUAGAUGGGCAAGCAAGUAGAUAUGUUGAUGGAAAAGAUAUUGACGGUAGUGCAAGAAGUGGAGGAGAUUAUAUUCAAGAACCAAACAACAAACUGACUUCGCCAGUAAUAACUCCUAUACAUGGUGCAUCUUCGGUAUCGUUGAUGAAUGGGGAAUCGUCAAGCAUUCACUUAUCAAACCAAGGAACUACUUUCCAUCAUUCAAGAGAAGAAGAGGGAAAACCACAGCUUCCGCAUUAUCAUCAGCCCCCAAAUCAACUACCAGUACCUAAUAAUAUUUCCUAUCCAUCCGGCAGUGGACAUUCAUUACCAGUCCAACAUGUUGCUGGGCCUAUUCCUAUGCAUCCGUCACAAUAUUACAAUCCUCCUAUUUACAAUUCAUAUACAAUCCCCCAGAUGAAUAAUUCAGGGCAAAUAAAUAGUGCUCCAUUCAUGAACAGUGGACCCCAUAUGAAUAAUGUUCCUCAUAUUAACAAUGUAUCCCACAUGAAUAAUAUCUCACAUAUGAAUAAUCUCCCACAUCUCAAUAAUGUUCCUCAUAUGAACAAUGUAGUUCAAGGGGAUGGUUCACCUAUGAAUAAUGUGAUAUUAAGUGGUAGACCCAUAUCACCAACAAUGCAGUCAGACCAUCCUGGUUCUCCAGGGGUAACAUUCCCUCACAAACAUCAAUUACCGAUACAAUCCCAUGUUCAACCAGGGACAGUUACAAGGGUACUUUCCUUGCCACCACCGUCCCAACUAGCUGUCAUACCGUCUCCUACGCAUCCAAGCCAAUUCUUUAAUGCUUCUCAACAGCACCAACACAUGAAUGGAUUCAUCCCAUCUCAGCCAGUUCACUCAGGACUGCAACUGCAACUGCAGCUGCACCCAGGAGAUAGUGCUAAUUUAGCUGUUGGAGAAUCCGAAGUUAGAGAUGGUGUAUAUAUUCCCUACUCCAGAUAUCAAGAUCUAGUAAGUCAUGCUCAAACUUUGCAAGAUGAAUUAUUCAGAAUGAAUAAUAGAAUUAGUCAUUUAGAGAAGGAUACGAAGGAUAAUCCUAAAUGA